UGUUUUUUGUUUUCUUGAUUUUGGAUACGGGUUUUUUGUUUUUAAUAGAAUGUUACUAUUAUAUUUGUUUUGUUUGUGGCAUAUUGGCAAUCUGUUUGCAUAAAAGUGGAGAGCGUUAGAUUUGGAUCGUGGUAAGAUUAACAAUUUAGAGCGUUUUGAUGAUGAAUCAGGAUUCAAUUGUUACCUAAAAUAGUGAAUAUGGUUGAAGUUAUUUUCUCUUUCAUGUUUUUUAUCGGCCAACAUGCAAAUGGAUUUUUAAGUGCUGACGUUCCAUCUUGUCUCUGGCCGAUGUAAUCAAUGAAUUUUUGCUCAGAAGUUAUGAAUCUCUACAUUGUGGAUUGAUCUAUGGAAAUGUUAUGAAUUGUUUGGAAUUAAAAAUAGAGCACUAUGUUUUAUUCCCUGGAUUUAUGUUUUGAAGUAUUCAAUUCAUGCAAUGUGGGUUGAUGCAGGGAAAUGUUUUGAAUUGUUUGGAAUUAAAAAUAGAGGAUAUGUUUAAUUCCCUGGCUGCUUUUUCUUGAUAUCAUUAUGGCCUUUGGUUGCACGGAAAAAACAAAGAACAGAAGUUUUUGAGUUGUUAAUUUUAAUGAGUGCCCUAGUGAUUGCGAUGAAAAAGAAGAAUAAUAAUUAACGAGGUACCCAUCAAACCGUAAAAACUGUAAAGGAGAGUGUUACGUUUUAAGUUUAUUUGUUGUAAUCUCCUAUAAGAGUUGUUGAUGAACUUAACAGUAGCGUGUUUGUUGGAGAAUGAUAUGGAAUUGACAAUCUUAGCUGUUAACGAGGAACCUUUUGAUUUACAAAUAACAAAAAAGUAGUAUCUGGAUGCCUCUUGGAGAAUCAUAUAAAAUUCACAAAUUUUGUUAUUCAUCUUUAUUGAUUGCAACAUUGCAGUGGAAAUGCACUCAGGAGUAGAUUCAUAGCAAACAUAAAUGUUGGGACUUUGAGAAUCGUUUUGACAACUUACUAGUUCAUCUUGUGCGUUAUUGGGUUUUCUUAAAGAAGCUUGAUGGGUUCCAGAUACCCAUCUCAUCGACUGGGCAAUGGCCUUUUUGUAUCUGGUCGACCUGAGCAGCCAAAAGAAAAGGCUCCAACGAUGAGCUCAACUGCCAUGCCUUAUACAGGAGGUGAUAUUAAGAAAUCAGGAGAGUUGGGGAAAAUGUUUGAUAUCCCUACGGAUGGCUCUAAGUCUAGGAAAUCUGGGCCAAUAACUGGUCCUCCUUCAAGGACUGGAUCUUUUGGAGGGGCUGCUUCAUUUUCAGGUUCAGUGAUGUCAAAUGCUGCUCUUCGUGCUGGCUAUACCACAUCAGGUCCUUUAUCCUCUGGAGGCUUGCCUGGUUCAGCUUCACUAAAGAAAUCGAGUUCUGGACCACUAAAUAAACACGGGGAACCUGUAAAGAAGUCCUCUGGCCCUCAAUCUGGUGGAGCAACACGGCAAAAUUCUGGAUCUAUUCCAUCAGUCCUGCCAGCAACUGGUCUCAUAACAUCUGGACCUAUUUCUUCAGGACCACUAAAUUCUUUUGGUGCUCCUAAGAAAGUGUCUGGUCCCCUGGAAUCCACAGGUUCAAUGAAAUUACACAGCUCCUCCAUCAGCAACAACCCAGCUGUGACUACUUUAAGUCAGGAUGAUGACUAUUCUGCGAGGAGGAACUUCCCGAAAACAGUAGUAUGGUUGGUGAUUCUGAUUUUCGUGAUGGGAUUCCUUGCUGGUGGUUUUAUUCUUGGAGCUGUUCACAACGCCAUCCUCCUCAUUGUUGUUGUGGUUCUUUUUGUCAUAGUUGCUGGAUUAGUUGUUUGGAAUACGUGGUGGGGAAGAAGAUAUAUCAUGGAGUUCACUGCUCGCUAUCCUGAUACUGAUCUAAGAGCUGCAAAAAAUGGGCAAUAUGUGAAAGUUUCCGGGGUGGUUACCUGUGGUAAUGUCCCUUUGGAGUCUUCGUUCCAAAGAGUUCCCAGAUGUGUCUAUACCUCUACAAGAUUAUAUGAGUACCGUGCAUGGGGUUCAAAACCUGCCAGCCCUGGUCAUCGCCAUUUUACAUGGGGAUUGAGAUCAUCAGAGAGGCAUGUUGUUGACUUCUACAUCUCUGAUUUCCAAUCUGGUUUAAGAGCACUGGUUAAGACUGGCAGUGGCACAAGGAUAAUCCCUUUUGUUGACGAUUCCUUGGUUGUUGAUAUUAACCCUGAAAAGAAAGACCUGUCUCUGGAGUUUGUCAGGUGGUUGGGAAAGAAAAACCUUUCAAGCGAUGAGCGUUUAAUGAGACUGAAAGAAGGGUGCAUCAAAGAAGGCAGCACUGUUAGUGUGAUGGGGAUUGUUCAGAGAAAUGACAACAUGCUUAUGAUAGUCGCACCUCCGGAGCCAUUGGCAACUGGAUGGCAAUGGUCCAGAUGCAUCUUUCCAGCUAGCCUUGAUGGUAUUGUUUUGAGAUGUGAAGAUACAUCAAAUGAUGAUGUGAUACCUGUGUAGUUAGCAGUAUCCAGAACCAAAACUUAAUUGAUUUCCAGAUGUGAUUGUGGUUUUAUUUUUCUGUUAAUUCCCCCCCCCAACAUGUUGUAUAGAUUUCUUUUCCCAUUCUUUUAGAACAUCGGCUCUCGUUAAAAAGCCAACCUCGAUUCUUUUUGUUUUUGAAAAAAAAAGACGGCAUCGCUUGAUGUGCCCUGAAGUUGAGAUCCAUGUAUUUUAUGAUCUUACUAGCAACUAUAUCUAUUUUUUUUUUAGAAAUGAAGAUUCAUAAUGUAAAA